GGGAAGCCCGCCGCGCCUUCCGCGCGAGUCCCAGCGGCGGACGGCGGGGGGCGCCCGCGCGGCCCCGCCCAUGGAGGCGGGCGACGCCAGCGGCGCCAGGGCGGGCGACGCGGGAGCAGCGGCUGGCGGUGCCUCGGCCGCCUCGCGCGGCCCGCUGCGCGGUGGCGGGGCCGCCGCCGGCCCCGCGGGAGCGAAGGGCCCGCUGCGCGGCGCAGCCGAGGUGCCCGGCCGGUCCGAGGGCCUCGGUGCGUGCGAGGCGCGGAGGCUGCGCAAGGAGCAGCGCAGGGAGGAGAACCCCGGCUGGAAGCGGGAGAAGCGGAAGGCGCUCAAGAGGAGGAAGCAGGCGCGGCAGGAGAUGCUGGGCGCCAUGGGGGAGGAGGAACGGGCCGCCUUCGUGGAGCGGGAGCGCCGCCGGGGCGCGCAGCUCAAAGCGGAGCUGACGGAGAGCCUGCAGUGGGCCCACGAGAGCGGCUCGCCUAAGGUCGUGAUAAACUGCAGCUUCGGCGAGGCUAUGUGCCCGAAGGAGCGGCGCUCGCUUGCCAAGCAGGCGCAGAUGGCCUACACGGCCAUCCGCGACCACCGCUCGAAGCUGCAACUGCACCUCACGUCCGUCGGCACCUCCAAUCCCGCGCUGACGGCGCUGGAGGAGAUCGGCUUUCGCGGCUGGGUGAUACACACCCACGAGGCCCCCUACUGGGAGCUCUUCGAUAGGACGAGGGUGGUGGUGCUGUCCCCGGACGCGGACGAGGAUCUGGACGAGCUGUCCCACGAGGACGUCUACGUGAUCGGGGGCCUCGUCGACGGCAGCGUCCGGAAGAACGAGAGCCGGGCGCAGGCCGAGGAGCACGGCCUCGGGAGGCUGAGGCGGCUGCCGCUCAAGAGGUACGGCCCGCCGGGCGCGCACCCGGUGCUCAACAUCGACUGCGUGGUCCGCAUCCUCACGCGGAUGGCGCAGGCGGGCAGCGACUGGGAGACCGUGCUGGCGGAUUGCCUGCCUCGCAGGCACGCGGGAGGCCCCAGCGCUCGGCAAGAGCGCAAGCAGCGUGCCCUGGACAGAAGACUGGCCGAAGGCGGUGUUGCCGGUGCCGCUGCCGCGCGCGGGGCUGCGGAUGCGACGGUCUGCGAAGGCACCACGGAGAGCCCCGCAGCGGGUGCUGGGCAGCGCAGCGUGUCCGAGGAGGGCAGCGAGGAGGCGGACGAGUCAUCAUCGGAGGGGAGUGCGUGCCCCGACCGAGUAGCGGGCGACGCCUGACCAGAUGCUCUGCGUGCUUGGCCCGCUGUGAAAAACAGUCUGCCCGCAUCCGUGCCGUCACUCUCGUGCGUUCCGCUCUGGUUCGGGGGACACGCGCACUGUGACUCGUGCUGUCGGCCUCAUCGUCCCCCCGCUCAUGUUUCCUUCUGCCUGUUGCUAGUGAGGGUUCGGU